AUGUCUCUUCAUGCAGUAGAGAUUACUGGUCUCUCAGCAAUUCACGACUCGGCUACGACCGUCGUUCUGAAACUACACUUUUCUCCUCAUUUUCAACCUAAGCAAGAUGAUGUAAUCCUGCUCUUGCCUGUCGAUUGGUCAGAACCAAAUCAAGCAAGACACAUCCUCUAUCCCAAUGGCAAUGCGACAGUCAACUUCUCUACUGGUGAAGUGGCAACCAACGAUUCAGAUUUCACUUUCCAAUUUGUUUACUUCCAAGAUGACGCUGCAGUAGGGCGUAGCCGCUCAUUUUGCCUCCGGAAGGCUUAUGACGCAAUACACAUAAUGACGUUUCUUGGUACAAACGCCACAAUGGGAAUCAGGCCCAUGCAUCAUAGUGUGAUCGGCAUGAGGUCACCCGUCUUACAACCGUUAGUUGCCAUUCAGUACCAGACCAAGACAGACGAUCACAGUACGACAGAUUCAAACCAAACCAUGUCUAUAGUUCCAGCUUACGUGUCGAUGCUGAUGGCCACCUGUUUGUUGCUCUCCAUCUCCUCGAGCACAGCCAACGUCGGUAGCACGGCAUGCCCGCAACCUGAGAAAGGAGAAAUGGGUCCUCCCGGCCACUCUGGAAAACCUGGAGUGAGGGGUCACAACGGGGUGAAGGGCAGCCCAGGAAUUGCAGAAACUAAGGGUACAAAGGGAGACAAAGGAGAAAUCGGAAAAUCAGGUCCUCAAGGCAAACAGGGUCCAGCAGGUGUGGUUGGUCCACCUGGUAAGCAGGGAGUGACCGGUUCACAAGGUCCACCUGGAAAUACUGGAAUUCAGGGUCCACAAGGUCCUCAAGGUUCACAAGGAGUAAAGGGUGAAAAAGGCAUAAAAGGAGCAACUGGUGAUACUGGAGCAAGAGGGUUAGAAGGAACAGACGGCACACCGGGUCCUCCGGGUCAUCCGGGCGUGCAAGGUCCUCCUGGACAAAGAGGCCACAAAGGAGAACGAGGAUUUUCUGGCUUUAAAGGAGAACAAGGACCUCAGGGUAUUGGCGGUCCAGAAAUGACUGAUGCUACUCUUCAACGAUAUUUUAAGCCCGUUGAAACUUUGCAAAAUGAGGUUGAAAACUUGAGAAACAAAUUUGAAACAAUCAUGCGUUCGUUUAAUGCAUGCUGUAUUGAAGAAAAACCUGCUGCUCAUCUCCACGGGAGUGGUGGCUAUACUCUUUCAAGCGAUACUCAUGUUACCAACUGGUUAACUACUACAUCACCUCCAGGUUUUCUUCGAGGAGGAACUGUCUACAAUAAUGGAUACAUUACAGUUCCACGUGACGGAUUGUAUUAUGUGUAUUCUCAAUUUUGGUAUGACCGACAGCCAGGAAGAGGUCAUAAUUUCUGUUCAUUUUACAUCAAGUUGAACGACAGCAACAAUAUUGGCAUGAGUCGUCACUACCGGCGAAACCCUGGUGGUAACGACGAAACUCAAUACACAGGAGUAACGGUUAUGCUGACAGGCUCUCUGUGA